AUGGUUGUUGUCAUGAACCCAGAACAGAUCUAUGGUGUCUCUAACAUCAAGUCUCACAUUCCGGUGAUGCUUGACAUUGAAGAAAGCAACUAUGAUGCGUGGAGAGAACUCUUUCUCACCCAUUGCCUAUCCUUUGAUGUUAUGGGACAUAUUGAUGGCACGCUCCUUCCUACUAAUGCCAACGAUGUCAAUUGGCAAAAACGUGACGGGAUCGUGAAGCUUUCGCUUUACGGAACCUUAACCCCCAAACAGUUUCAAGGUUCCUUCGUCACUAGCUCAACAUCUCGAGACAUCUGGCUCCGGAUCAAGAAUCAAUUCCGAAACAACAAAGAUGCUAGGGCGUUGCGUCUUGACAGUGAGCUUCGAACCAAGGACAUCGGUGACAUGAGGGUAGCUGACUAUUAUCGUAAGAUGAAGAAACUUGCUGACUCUCUCAGAAAUGUCGAUGUUCCUGUCACAGAUCGAAAUCUUGUGAUGUACGUUUUGAACGGGUUAAACCCAAAGUUUGACAACAUCAUAAAUGUCAUCAAACACCGUCAGCCGUUUCCAAGCUUUGAUGAUGCGGCUACAAUGUUGCAGGAAGAGGAGGAUCGUCUGAAGAGGGCGAUCAAACCAAACCCGACUCAUGUGGAUCAUUCUUCUUCAUCCACCGUUCUUGCUUGCUCAGAGGCGCCUCCUGUCACUAACUUCCAAAGAUCAGGCGGUAAUCAGAUGGGUUACAGAGGUCGUGGAAGAGGCAACAACAUAUUUCGAGGCAGAGGAGGUCGUUUCUCAUACUACAACAUGCCGACUUUCAACUCAUGGAACAGACCCCCGUUCUAUCAAAACUCGUAUCAGAUGUGGAAUCAUCCUUGGGGUUAUCCUCCGUAUGUCAAUACCAAUGGUGGUAAUGGACUGGGACUUCUCGGACCGCGACCUGCCUACUAA